CAAACGGUUCAAACGUCAUAAUUUCUUUGCGGAGAGCUCGUUUUGCGUUUGUCAGGUCAAAAUAAAAUCAACGUCACUCGUUUUUGCAAUAUUUAUCAGAUCCGCCACCCGUAAGGAAACCAAUUUUUUAUGGUUGAGUUAUGCGAAAGAAAAGAUAGAAAUGAGCGCGAUAUUUAAUUUCCAAAGUUUGCUUUCGGUGAUCCUUCUGGCUAUCUGCACUUGUGCUUAUCUACGGUCCCUGUUCCCCUCAUUCAUUGAUAGAAACAAAACUGGAAUGAUGGGAAUCUUUUGGAAACUGGCGCGAAUUGGUGAACGAAAAUCUCCUUGGGUAGGACUGGCUUGCGUUCUGAUGGCGGCCUCGAUAUUAUUUUACACGUAACUGUCUAACCAUUCGUCAUAAAAUAUUAUGAAUAAAUUAUACUCAAACUAUCA